AAGCUCGUGGUCUCACAACACACCACUCACCCCGGAUUCCCCGUCUCCUUAUCUCACCUCCGUCCCCUUCAACCUCAACACAACACAACACAACACAACACAACAUCAAAUAGCAGCGCACAAAAUGUCGAGAGUUACACCUCCCGUUACAAAACUCACCCACGCGGUACGCAGAAUCAGUACCAGCUCCAAAGCAGCUCGUCCUUCGACACUUCUUGAGUCGUCCCGUUCAUCCAGAUAUUUACCCCGCAACACCAAGGCCCUGAAAGAAGAAUGCAAGAAACGCCAACUCAACUCGACCGGCAACAAGGCCGAACUCGUUGACCGACUCGCGGCCCACGACAUGCUGUCCACGCACCGAGAUUACCACAGCAUGAGUUCCGGUCACCGACCCACGACUCCAUCGGUCCCAGUGUACCACACCAUCCCCUUGAUGCAAGGCUUCCAAACCUCUGCCCCAAAGCAAGCCAUCAACGACAUGUCGACCAUUGACUUCUUCUUCUUCCCCGAGAUCCCAGCCGAUCCUCCUCUCAACCCGUUCGCGAAGCUCCGCGUUCCUCUCCUGCCAGAUAACUACAACCCCGACCGCUCGCCCGGUACGCCGCAUGCCAUCGAGACUAUCGAUGAGGCAUUACCCAGACCUGAGAUCCACAUCGUUGCAAGUCAUCCCGAGGAUGUCAUGCCUGCUACUAUCAGUGAGGUGGUUGGCAAUGACGGAUUGGACAUCGAUCUCGCAUCGUUAACGAAGAACUUCUCGAGUACUGCUAUUAAGGAGCUCAAGGAGAAGUCGUUAGUUGGUGAGUUGUGGAGUGGUAUCGUUGACGAUGUUCUCGGUCCCAAGAGUCGUAAGGUGGCUGUUUAAGCUCGUUGGCGAUGUUAUGAUAUGUGUUUGAUUUGUUUUGGUGGAAAGCGUUGGAGUCUUCAAAUACUAGUACCAGCUGGCUGAGAAGCAGGAAGGGAACGUUCGGUCUUAUCUCGUGUUUUAAGUUCAUUCAUCUUUUGCUCUUACUUUUAUGUUGUUAUUCAGGUCGCGAUAUUCUCCCCGAAAUUGUGGUUGAGACGCACCGAUUGAGAGAGUGGAAAACAAGCUUCUGGUGUUUGAAGUUAUUGGGUGUUUUGAUGUAAUCUCGUUAUUCUCCCC